AACAAUAAUCUUCACUGCAGCUUCAAACUGUUUCAGCACCACGGACAGAGUCUCUGCAGGAGCCCCGCCCCCUCUGCUUCAGGCUGCGUCAUACAGAGAGAGACAGGUAGAGACAGACAGACAGGUAGAGACAGAUAGGAGGACAGAGAGACAGACAGCCUGAAGCAGUGAUGGAGCUGCAGACAGAUUUCUGUAGAGUCCUGAUGGAUUUUUAUUUUUAACGUUUGAGGGUCGGACCGGACAGACAGACAGACCGGACAGACAGGCAGACAGACAAGUGGACAGACAGACGGAGGCUGCGCUGCUGCAGAGAAGCUCGCGCCGGUCGGUCCGGUUGUCGUCAUGGGAACGGUGCUGUCUCUGUCUCCGGGCUCGCGGAAAGCUGCGGCUCGGGGGCCGGAGAAGCUCGCGGAGCUGACGGUGCAGAAGCCGCUGGAGCCCCGCGAGGAGGAUGAGGAGAAGGACAAGAAGAAGAAGAAGAAGAAGCGGCACCCGGUGCUGCUGCACGCGCUCAGCUGGAAGAAACGCCUCGUGGCCGCGCGAGCCAAAAGGAAGGGCGGGAAGAAGGUAAAGCCAGCAGUGUCCGAGCCCGGGCACGUGCAGCGGGAGCAGGCGGUCACUGACAGCCGCCACAGAGCACCGAAGUCCGUACACAGACACGGACCCAUCCCGGUACCGGUACCCACCGUGCCGGAACACACCCAGAACCAGAACCAGAACCAGGGAAGGCCGGACCUGAUCAUCUCACCCCGGAGGGUGGUCGUGCAGGCAUCUACAGGUGAGCUCCUUCGUUGUCUUUCUGACUUUCUUUGUCAUCGUUGCAUCAAACUGAAGGAGCUGUCGUCCAAUCAGAUCGUCUUGUGGUUCAGAAAUGUUGACAGAGCGCUGCUGGUUCAGGGCUGGCAGGAUCAGUGCUUCAUCAGUCCUGCCAGUCUGGUCUUCGUGUACCUGCUGUGCAGGGAAGCAGUAGAUGAGGAUACAUCUUCAGAGCAGGAGCUCCAUGCCACCUUCCUCACUUGCCUCUACCUGGGCUACUCCUACCUGGGCAAUGAGAUCUCCUACCCCCUCAAACCUUUCCUUGUGGAGUCCAGCCGUGAUGCAUUCUGGGAGCGAGCGCUGGAGCUGAUUGAGCGGUUGAGUGCUGACAUGCUGCGGAUCAAUGCUGACCCACACUUCUUCACCGAGGUGUUUCAGGACCUGAAGAAACAGGGAGGAGCGAGGGAGAGGGAGAAGGAGAAAGAGAGAGUGAAGAACGAGAAAGAACAGGAAAGGGAGGAGGAGAGACAGAAAGUUAAGGAUGAGGAGGAGAAAGAGAAUGAUGGAGUAAACAGGAUUGAUGAUUUGGAUCGUUAAAAGAUGAAAAAUGAGACUUAAAUAAUAAUUAAUUAAUGAGACUUGACCAGCAGCCGUCGACCCGCUGAGGUCUGAAUGUAAACUGGCUUCACCUGCAGCUUUAACACCGUUACCAUGGUGACUGACACACUGACCUGCUGAACAGUCAGAUUGAUUGUGACCUUUGACCUCUUGCUGAAGAGACAUUGAAAAGUGGACACUUUAACUGCAUGCUAUCAAUCAAAACCAACAGUAUCUUCUGAUUGUACCAUUGUUGAUGUAGAUGAGUUACCAUGGCAACCUUACAUACAAUCUCUAGCCCUGUUUUAUUUCAUUGCAUAGCUAAAGAAAGCUUAAUAUGUUGCUAAUAUGUUGUGCUGCGGGAAGGUAUUUAUUUAUUUAUUUAUUUAUUACAUUGGGGAUAGUGAAAUUAGUCUUUAAAAAACACCAUCAAUCUCCAUAUUUAUGAUUUGAUGGUGUGAACUUUUACCUUUGACCCGCUAUAACACAAACAGUGUUAAUCUGGCUUAAGUCAUAAGGCUUGUGAUGUGAUGUAAUUGUGGGAAAUGUAGUUCAGUGACUACAUUUGAAUUACAGAUUCAAAGAAUGGUCACACAAUCAGAGCAGCCAUGAACAGGUCAUGUGACCCGUUAAUCAUCUGAUGAGUUUGAGGUUUCCUGUUCUCCUGUUUUCUUGUCUGAAGGCUGAAUGUAAAACCAGUCAGGUGAACUGAACUGUUUUUAUAUAGAAAUCAAACCACUGACAUAAAUGACUUACCUGUG